UUGCUUGCUUGGUACAGCUGCUUCAGUUGAAUUUCAGUUCAGUUUUCUAUAGACACUCGCAGUACAUUUUGUUCAGCGUUCAGAGUGUUGUUCAGUGCCAGUGCCAGUGCCAGCGCCGCCAGUGCGAAGCAAAAUAUAUUGUAGACCAAGUCUCGGGCCAAGAGUGAAGCAACAACAACAGCAAUAACAGCAACAGCAACAACAGCAACAGCAGCAACAGCAGCAACAACAGCGGCAGUCAAAGCAAAAACACAAAACUCGCCGAGAAAUCUGGUAUUAAAUUCGAGUUGAAACCACCGUAAAAAGAAGUAAAAAACGUCAAAAGCAAAUAUGAGUGGAGAACGCCCGAAGCGUCCGUUGUCGGCAUACAUGCUGUGGCUCAACGAGAACCGCGAAAGUAUCAAGAAGGAAAACCCCGGCAGCAAGGUCACAGAUAUUGCCAAACGUGGCGGUGAACUGUGGCGCGGCUUAAAAGACAAGACCGAAUGGGAACAGAAAGCGAUCAAAAUGAAGGAAGAGUACAAUAAGGCGGUAAAGGAGUAUGAGGCAAAUGGUGGCACCGAUUCGGGUGCGCCCAAGAAGCGAAAGAAGGUUGCCGCCAAGCCCGCCAAGAAGGCCAAGAAGAAAGAGUCCUCCGAGGAGGACGAGGAGGAUGAGAGCGAGUAAAUGCAAAUUGCAGAAGGCUCGCUAUCAGUUUUAAAAUACAUUUUACUAAUGUAAUUUUUUAAGUGACAUAAAAACAAAUGAAAAACAAUUAAGAAAAAAACAAAAACAAAAACAAAACAAAACAAAAAACAACAAAAACAAAAUGAAAACAAAAUGAAAAUGAAAACCUUAUACCUUUAAAUAUGCACUUAAAACAAACCACACCAACAACCAUAAUAUAAGUUACAAGAUAAUUUCCAGUCAAACACAAACAAAAACAAAACACAAACAAAACAAAACAAAACAAAACAAAAAAAAAAUGAAAACUUACAAAAA